AGCUCUCUCUUUGCUUUUCUUCUGCCUGUCACUCUCUGUCCCGCACUCACCAACCAAGUCGGCCAACCCAACGAAGUUUCUGCUACUUUCUGAACUUGUGUCAAGAUAGGUACAGAGACCCACAACCUCUCAACAACAAGUUCAACAAAAAUGCUCUCCAAGUUGUGUGCAUCACCCAGUUCCCGAUUUUGUGGGCAUAGGGGUGGGAAUCAUCCUCUAUGUCGUUUUGGGUAUGCUUCAAGGAAAUCUUCAGAGUAUGACAAGCCUCGGUUCAGGAUUGUGGGGCAAUCUCUGGGGGAUAGGUGGAAGCUCAACGACGUUGAUGCCAAUUGCGCAACCAUUUUUGGUGGAUCUGUUGAGUGUCUGUGCACCACAUUGAGCGAGUCUCUUAGGGGACAUGAUUUCGGUAAUUGGAAUGAUGCAGUGCAAGAAAAGUUGAAUUCAUGGCUACUGAAGACCCAAAGCUUUUUAAGUGAAGUUACUUCUCCACUAGUAAGAACUAGUCAGACUGGAAAACCUGUCACCAGAGAUGCUCUUGAGACACAAGAUAUGGACGACAUAUUUAUGGCUGAACAGACUAUUAAUAGCAGAACACCAAAUGGAAUUCUCUCUUUGGCUGCUAUUGUAUCUGUAGAGCAGUUUAGCAGGAUGAAUGGAUUGACGGGGCAGAAAAUGCAGAAAAUAUUCAAAGCGCUUGUUCCUGAAUCUACAUAUAAUGAUGCUCGUAAUUUGGUUGAAUAUUGCUGCUUUAGGUUUUUGUCAAGGGAUGCUUCUGAUGUUCAUCCUUCCCUGAAGGAACCUGCAUUCCAAAGACUGAUAUUCAUAACAAUGCUUGCAUGGGAGAAUCCUUAUCAAGAACAUCUUGCCAGUGGUUCGGAGAAAGCUUCUUUUCAGAGAAAACUUGUGAGAGAAGAUGCCUUUGUACGUUUGGCUCCUGCAAUUUCUGGUGUGGCUGAUAGGUCCACAGUGCAUAAUCUAUUUAAGGCUCUAGCUGGUGAUGAACAAGGCAUCUCUUUGAGCUUGUGGUUGACUUAUGUUGAUGAACUUCUCAAGGUUCACGAAGGAAGAAAAUCAUAUCAGAUACGAGAGUCCCCGAACCUUUCUGAGGAGAGAAUCUUAUGCAUUGGUUCCAGCAGGAAACGUCCUGUCUUAAAAUGGGAGAAAAAUAUGGCCUGGCCUGGAAAAGUUACUCUAACUGAUAAAGCUAUUUAUUUUGAGGCAGCUGGCUUAUUUGGACAAAAUGAUUCUAUGAAGUUGGAUUUGACAAGACCUGGAUUGCGAGUAGAAAAAGCAAAAGUUGGACCUUUUGGUUCUGUUCUCUUUGAUUCUGCGGUCUCUAUAUCAUAUGGUCCCGAGUCAAAAGACAAGUGGGUGCUGGAAUUUGUUGACUUGGGUGGAGAAAUGAGGCGAGAUGUCUGGCAUGCGUUUAUUAGUGAGAUUAUUGUGUUACACAAGUUUAUCAGGGAGUAUGGUCCAAAGGAAGAUGAUGAAUCGUUAUUUCAUGUUUAUGGUGCUCACAAAGGAAAGGAAAGAGCUAUCACCAGUGCCAUUAAUAGUAUAGCUAGACUACAGGCUCUUCAGUUUAUGAGGAAGUUGCUAGAUGAUCCGACCAAACUAGCUCAGUUCACAUAUCUACAAUAUGCACCAUAUGGUGAUAUUGUUUCUCAGGCUCUAGCAGUAAACUAUUGGGGUGGCCCACUGAUAUCUAAGUUUAUAGAGGAACACAACCCACCAGCUCAAGGAGCAAGGCCUUCUAGUGAAAUGAUUGAAAGCAGUAAUCAUGUGUUUGACAUUGAUGGCAGUGUCUACUUACACAAGUGGAAGACCUCUCCAUCUUGGGCUUCAAGUGCUUCUGUGAGCUUUUGGAAGAAUGCAUCAAUAAGGCAGGGGGUGGUAUUAAGUAAAAAUAUUGUUGUUGCUGAUUCAGCUCUAGUGGAAAGAGCCACAGGAAUAUGCAAACAAAAAUCGCAGGCAGCUGAAAAAACUCAAGCCGCUAUUGAUGCUGCAAUGCUUAAAGGGAUACCCAGUAACAUCGAUCUAUUCAAGGAACUUCUGCUUCCUCUGACCAUAAUUGCCACAAAAUUUGAAAAACUUAGGCGCUGGGAGGAGCCAUACUUGACUGUUUCUUUUCUUGCAUUUUCCUAUACAAUCAUUUUCAGGAAUUUGCUGUCAUAUAUAUUCCCAACAGCAUUGAUAAUAUUGGCAACUGGUAUGCUAACACUGAAGGGGCUAAAGGAGCAAGGCCGUCUUGGGAGAUCAUUUGGAAUGAUUACUCUCCGUGACCAGCCUCCUUCAAAUACUAUCGAAAAAAUUAUAGCUGUAAAAGAUGGCAUGCAAGAUGUGGAAAAUUAUUUGCAGAAUCUGAAUGUCACACUUCUGAAAAUACAUACAAUUAUCCUUUCUGGUCAGCCUCAGAUUACGACUGAGGUUGCACUGGUGCUGUUAUCUUCUGCAACAGUUCUCCUCACUGUGCCAUUCAAAUAUGUUCUUGCCUUUCUUAUCUUCGAUCUCUUCACGCGGGAGCUUGAGUUCAGGAGGGAGAUGGUCAAAAGAUUCAUAGAUUUCUUGAAGGAGCGUUGGGACACAGUGCCUGCUGCCCCUGUAGUUGUAUUACCGUAUGGAAGUAAUGAAUCCACACCAGAACCUGAUAGAAAGGGAAGCAAGGACGUAGAAAAAUCUGAAAAAAGUGAUAGAAGUAAUAAUUCUGUAUAGAUUCAUAUGUAUAGCUAUGUGAUAGUCUCAUAAUUCAUUUUUAAUAUACCUCAGGUAUGUAGAAAGCAAGAAUAACCAUCAAGUGUACAGAAAAUGAAGCACUUGUAAUGUCAAUCUAAUGCUUCACUGCAGCAUAGUUUGAGUUAAUUGGUUAAUGGUUCUGACUUUAUCAGUAUCGGCCCUAAAGCAACCAUUCCAGGAAGAAGCCGCCAAAUCAUCUGCUACUUUAAGCUACAAUCACUUGCUAUGCUACAUGCACCUAAAUGCACAGGGGAGCAUUUUGAUUUCUUUGCUCAUGUAUAUACACCAAAAUUGGAACUAUUAAUUUCUUCUAAUUACCCGUGUUUAUUGAUGUAAUCUUUUUUU